GUCAAAUUUUACUCUGACCCUGAGAACAAAUACAACGCCGUAUCAACCUCAGCAGUAGUUUCUACUUCAACUAUCUCCUCCUCCUCCUCUCUUGUUUAGUUUUGUUUUUUUUCAAAUUCAAAACCGAGGGCCAGGCCAGGCCAGGCCAAGAAGCACCUAUCCGAGGGCUCAACCUGCAGCUGGGUCCUUAAGUUAUUCCCUCCAACAAAGACAGCAAAGGCUCAAAAGAAAGACCUUUUUUUUUUAAGUUCUAUUUUGUGGCUAACCCAGAAAGCAGGGAAUGGAAGAACCGGAUAAGGUGACUGGUAGUGUUAGUGAGGCUCAGAUGGAUGAUUCCAAACCAGUUAUGGAAGAAACUGAAAAUGAAGCUGACGGUCUAGCCCCAGUGGACACAGAAACAGAAGCUGCUGAAGUGAAAGACCAAGUUCAAGUUGAAGAACUUACCAAACUUGAAGAAGAUGCGAAAUUGCAGCCUCCGCGGGUUGGUGGUAACCCAUAUUCAGUGGAACAACAAGCCAUUGCCGGCCAAACCCAUGGCCAGGAGGACACUAGCAAAACUCUCGAUGUUGUUGAUGCAGAUGGUCAAAAUGAAGAACAUUUUAAGUCUGAGGAGAGUGAUGAUAUUGAAUUUGAGGAUGUUGAGGACAAAUCUUUGGGUGAAACUGUUACCAAAAUGAAAGUUGUUGAAGAUGAUGAUGCCCCCAUUCAUUCACGUGAAAAUGACAUAAAACCCCAAGAUGUUGACAAUGGCGUUGACAAUGGGGAGCAAUUGAAGGAUUUGUCUACAGAAAGGGAGAUUAAGAAGCAAUUGGCACUACCAGAACUUGGUGACAAAAACCCUAACCUAUGCUUUGACAACUCAGGGUCAGACACGGUGGAGGAGCAAGCAGCUUUUACAAAGGAUGUUGAAGCUUUUUACAAGGAGAAGAACCUUGAAUUCAAGCACCCUAAGUUUUACAAAGAGGAUUUAAAUUUGCUCAAGUUAUGGAGAGCUGUUAUUAAAUUGGGGGGCUAUGAACAGGUGACCUCAUGCAAAUUGUGGAGGCAAGUGGGAGAAUCAUUUAAUCCGCCAAAGACCUGCACUACUGUAUCGUGGACAUUCCGUAUCUUUUAUGAGAAGGCAUUGCUUGAGUAUGAAAAGCAUAAAAUUCAUGGUGGCGUACUCCCCCAUUCAAAUGCUUCCUUUAGUGAGCCUAAUAGAGUUGAAAGUCAGGCUGGUAGUAAUCAAGCUUCUGGGUCAGGUAGGGCAAAGAGGGAUGCUGCUGCUCGUGCCAUGCAGAGCUGGCAUUCUCGGCGUGUUCUCGAUAAUGGUGAAGUCUGUCAUCCAGUCAUCAAGGACAAGAGCUCUAGUCCUGCACUCAAAACUGACAGACAACUUAAUAAUUUUGGUUUGUUAAAGCGCAAAAAGCCAUCCAAUCUGGAGCCUGGUGUCCGAGUAACUCCAUUUAAAGCAACUAAACCACAGCAUUCCUUUGGCAGGUUGGAUACUAUGGUUAUUGAUAUUGGAGCCCCAGCUGAUUGGGUGAAGAUUAACGUGCACAAAACUAUUGACUGCUAUGAGAUAUAUGCUUUGGUUCCUGGGCUUCUUCGUGAGGAGGUGCAUGUUCAGUCUGAUCCAGCAGGACGCUUGGUUAUUUCUGGUCAGCCAAAGCAACUGGAUAAUCCUUGGGGUGUCACACCCUUUAAAAAGGUUGUCAGCCUGCCUUCUAGAAUUGAUUCACUUCAGACGUCCGCUGUGGUUACCCUGCAUGGUCAGUUGUUUGUGCGCGUCCCAUUUGAGCUGCCUGAUGUAUAGGUUGUAGGUUUUACCUUCACAUGUAGAGAUUUCUCUAGUUUGAAAUCAAUCUGACAAUUAAUUCUGCAAUGAGCAUAUUUCUUGGUAACAUUUUGCUUACAGCUGAUGCUCAAGCCAAUCUCCAGUUUUUGGCAUGUCUCUUUUUUUGAGAGGAUGAGUUAUCAGGUUUGGGAACUUAAUGACCUUCAAUCGGCUGAAUUAAUCUGGAAAACCAAAUGUGAGUUAUGUGAAUAUGACUGAAGUUUGGAUUGUGUUCCAUUGCAUGACCAGAUCGUCAGUAACAAUGGCAAGGGAAGUGCCAUCAUUCAUGACCUUCCUUAAAAUGUUAUGUAUAGGUUUAUUUGAUUCAAUGUUGAAAACUUGAAGUUGGAUAUUUAUAUUUUUAU